UGUGCAUGUAGCCUCACUGGUACAGUCCACUGACACGUCGAAAUAGCACUCAGCCAUCACUGCUGUCAUCACCUACACCUGUGUGUUUCUGCUGUGACGAGCCAACAUGGCUGCCACGUAUGAGAACUACUGCACAGCGACUUUAAAACGUUCCAGCAGCCAUUUGUCAAACACGCCCGAGACUCUGGCCAACAAUAAAAGGCCUAUAGCUGUACAACUUACAUCCUGGAGGACAAAAAGGUCUUAUCACACCAGCAGUCAUUGUGCAGGUGAUGUCGUGGAGUGUGGAUUUAGGCCGCAGGAUGACAUUUGUCAAAUUCCUUCUUCCAUUGCUCAUUCUCCACUCUGUCUGUGAAGGCUCCAACCAGCCACCACGUUUCCUGAACUACUUCUUCUCAACCUACCUUCUCAUCUAUGAAGACAUGCCCAUUGGUUCAUCAGUGGCCCAGCUGAAGGCAACUGAUCCUGAGGGGGAGCCCCUAAUGUACGGGGUUUCGGGAGAAGAGGCCAUGAAGUAUUUCUCUGUGAACCAAGACAAUGGCGUUGUCUGGCUUCGGCAGCAGCUCGACCGUGAAACCAAGUCAGAGAUGCAGGUCGAGUUCUACGUGAGUGACAUUCAAGAGGUUGUCAAAGACACGGUAAACAUCCAGAUUGGAGACGUGAAUGAUAAUUCACCAACCUUCCAUGGGCAGCCUUACACCGUCCACAUCCCAGAGAACACACCUGUGGGCAAAUCAGUGUUCAUGGUGAACGCCACAGAUCCAGACCAGGGCACAGGGGGCAGUGUUCUCUUCUCCUUCCAGCCGCCCUCUCCCUUCUUUGCAAUUGACGGAGCCCGAGGCACCGUCACCGUCAUCCGACCUCUGGACUACGAAGCGACCUCAGCCUUUCAGCUCACUGUCAAUGCAACGGAUCAAGACAAAACACGACCUCUGUCCCGGCUUGCAAACCUGGCCAUCACGAUCACCGAUGUCCAGGACAUGGAUCCCAUUUUCACCAAUCUGCCCUACAGCACCAACAUAGUAGAGGACGUUCCCCUGGGAUAUGAAGUGCGGAAGAUAACAGCCAUUGACCAGGAUCUUGGCCGACCAAGAGGCAUCGGCUACACCAUCAUCUCAGGGAACACCAACAGCGUUUUUGCUCUGGACUACAUCAGCGGCUCGCUGACAGUGAACGGCCAGCUGGACAGAGAAAACCCACUCUACUCAGCAGGAUUCACUCUCACUGUCAAGGCCACAGAGUUGAAAGAUGAUCGCAGUCCAUCAGAUGCAACAGUGAUGACCACCUUCACCAUUCUGCUAAUUGACAAGAAUGACAAUGCCCCAAAGUUCAACAGCUCCGAGUAUCGAGUCCUCAUCACUGAGUUGGCCCAGGUCGGCUUUGCCCUGCCCCUCUUCAUCCAGGCCGAAGAUAAGGAUGAGGGGGUGAACAGCAUGUUCCAGGUGUUUCUGACAGGAAACAAUUCAGAGUACUUCACCAUCUCCCCCACAGCGGUGCAGGGGCGUGCCGACAUCAGGAUGAGGGUGGCCAUGCCGCUGGACUUUGAACGGAUUCGCAGCUACAGCUUCUCUCUCUAUGCCAAUGAGUCCAUGUCCGACCAUGUGGGAUUUGCCCGCAUCUUCAUUGAGCUAAUCAAUGAGAAUGAUAACCGACCCAUCUUCAGCAGACCACUGUACAACAUCAGCCUUCCUGAAAACACGGCUCCUGGUACCUCACUGUUACGACUCCUGGCUACAGACGGAGAUGCAGGCACAUUUGGGAAUGUGCGUUACUACUUCAGUGAUGAGCCAGACCAGUUUUCAUUAGAUGAUGAGACGGGCUGGGUCACUCUGCGGGCCAGUCUGGACUACGAGCUGAUGCGGCGUUUCACCCUAACCGUGCUGGCGAGAGACGGCGGCGGCGAGGAGACCACAGGGAGGAUCCGUGUGAAUGUGUUGGACGUCAAUGACAAUGCUCCGCUCUUCCAGAAGGAGGCAUAUGUGGGCUCGCUGAGAGAGAACGAGCAGGCUGUACAGCCGGUGGCACGAGUCAGGGCUACAGAUGAGGAUUCUCCUCCCAACAACUUCCUGACAUACACCAUCACUUCAGCAUCGGCCUUCCUCGAGUACUUCAGCAUUACCAUGGUGGAGGGCUACGCAGUGAUCAGUGUGACCAGGCCUCUGGACUAUGAACAGGUUCCCAAAGGGAUGAUCUACUUGACAGUGAUGGCCAAAGACGGAGGAAACCUAGCCCUCAACAGCACUGUCCCUGUAACAGUGGAGGUGAUAGAUGAAAACGACAACCCACCGGAGUUCAGCAGGCCGUCCUACAUCGUCAAAAUCCCAGAGAACAUUAUUGCUGGGGCAACGGUGCUGCUUGUGAAUGCUACUGAUUUGGACGCCUCGCGGGAGUUUGGCCAGGCCUCACUCAUCUACUCCCUGGAGGGCUCCUCUCAGUUUCGUCUCAACUCGCGCUCAGGGGAGAUCACCACCACAGCCCUGCUGGACCGAGAACUGAAGUCAGAGUACAUCCUGAUAGUCAGAGCUGUGGAUGGAGGGGUGGGCCCUCAGCAGAAAACUGGCAUCGCCACGGUGAACAUCACCAUCCUGGACAUCAAUGACAAUGCGCCCAUGUGGAUGGACGAGCCAUACAAUGCCAAUGUAGUGGAGAUGAGCCCAAUAAACACAGACGUUAUCUCUGUGUUGGCAGUGGACCCUGACAAUGGAGGAAAUGGGACAGUGGUGUACAGUAUCAGUCCUGAAAACCCCUUCUACACCAUCCAAAGCAGCACAGGGAAGAUUCGCACCAGUGGGGUAACCCUGGACAGAGAAAGCUCCAACCCCAAGGAUGCAGCACUCAUGAGAACAAUCAUCAUCUCAGCUGUCGACCGAGGUACGCCUUCACUACGUGCAACAGCAAGCACCACAGUGUUCGUCAACCUGCUGGAUCUUAAUGACAACGACCCAACCUUCCUCAACCUGCCGUUUGUGGCUGAAGUGCCAGAGGGACUGUCCAUUGGCUCCUCAGUUUUUAGGAUCCAGGUAGAGGAUCCGGAUGAGGAUAAAAAUGGUUUGAUUACAAUGGCGUUACAAAUGGGUAUGCCUCGCCUCGACUUCGCCCUGAACACCACCACUGGCAUCCUCACCUCCACGGCAGUCCUAGAUCGUGAGCAGAUUGGACAGUACCAUUUGAGGAUUAUCGCCUAUGAUGCUGGAAAGUUCCCACGCACGUCCACCUCAACCCUUACUAUCACAGUUCUGGAUGUAAAUGAUGAGACACCCACCUUCAGCCCUCGCGUGUACAAUGUUUCCCUGAAGGAGAGUGUCCCUAGAGACCACAUUGUAGCACGCCUCAGCUGCACUGACAACGACGCUGGCCUCAACGCUGAGCUUAGCUACUUCAUCACAGAUGGUAAUCAGGACGGUAAAUUCAGCGUGGGCUUCAGAGACGGAGUUGUUCGGACAGUAGUUGGCCUGGACAGAGAGACCCAGGCAGAAUACACUCUGGUUGUAGAAGCUAUAGACAACGGCCCAGCGGGCAGUAGGAGGACAGGCACGGCCACUGUAUUUGUCGAGGUGCAGGACGUCAACGACAACAGACCCAUCUUCCUCCAAAACAGUUAUGAGACCAGCAUAUUGGAGAGUGUGCCCAUAGGAACCAGCGUCCUUCAGGUUCAAGCUACAGAUGCAGACCAGGGGGAGAACGGUCGAGUUCUGUACAGGGUCCUCACUGGCAACAGCAACAAGCUGUUCAGCAUCAACAGACAGACUGGGCUGGUGACAAGAGGCCUCAGGGCUCUGGACAGAGAAACCAGCAGCUCCCAUGUGUUGGAAGUGGAGGCCUACAACAGUGACGAGGGCAGCAUGAGGAGCUCCGUGAGGGUGAUCAUAUAUGUGGAUGAUGCCAACGAUGAGGUGCCAGUGUUCACCCAACAACAAUACAACCGUCUGGGUCUUAGGGAGACAGCUGGCAUCGGCACCUCUGUGAUUGUGGUGCGCGCCACAGACCCUGACAGUGGUGAUGGUGGAGCUGUCGCUUAUGCCCUCGUGUCUGGCUCAGAUCGCAAAUUUGAGGUGGACAUAAGCACCGGCCUGGUAACCACUGUGGACUACCUGGACUACGAGACCAAGACCACCUAUCUAAUGAAUGUCUCAGCCACUGACCAGGCCCCACCUUUCCACCGAGGUUUCUGCACAGUCUAUGUCACGCUGCUUAAUGAGCUGGAUGAGGCUGUGGCCUUUUUCUCUGCCGGCUAUGAGGCCUCUCUGCGCGAGAACAUCGCCACAGGGACAGAGGUGGUCCAGGUGCAGGCCCAGUCAGCCGACAACUUGAACCAGCUGACAUAUCGCUUCGACCCUGACACGUCGCCUGCAGCUCUGGCCCUAUUUAAGAUCGACAGUGUCACGGGCCGUAUCACAGUGACAGGUCUGCUGGACAGAGAGAAGGGGGAUAUGUAUACAUUGACUGUUGUAGCUGAUGAUGGAGGGCCUAAAAAGGACUCCACUGUGAAGGUUUCAAUCACCAUUCUGGACGAGAAUGACAACAGCCCAGUGUUGGACAUCACUUCUGAUACUUCAGUGGACAUCCUAGAAAACACACCCAUGGGAAAGAGAGUGGCAGUCGUGCUCGGAAGGGACAAAGAUGCUGGACUGAAUGGACUGGUCAAUUUCACUUUGGUGGCAGGCAACAUGGAGGAUGUGUUUAAAAUCAAGACAGUGAACCACACUUACGGGGAGGUUUAUGUCAAUGCUCCUCUGGACAGAGAGUCAGUGGACCGUUACUUACUGAAGGUCAGUCAGCAAUCCACACACCCCUUUGCUGAUAAGGGUGAUGACCAACACCCAGCUGGGACUGAGGAAUACAUCCACAUAAGAAUCCAACAGCGGAACGGCAGGAAGACCCUCACCACUGUCCAGGGCAUCUCCCCCCGAUAUGACAAGAAGAAGCUAGUCAAGGCUUUCAAGAAGAAGUUUGCCUGCAACGGCACAGUGAUUGAGCACCCAGAGUAUGGUGAAGUGAUCCAGCUGCAGGGUGACCAGCGCAAGGAUAUCUGCCUGUUCCUCACUGAGGUUAACCUGGCCAAGGAUGACCAGCUCAAAAAAAACGGGGCAAUCCACUUCAGUAUGCCUGGAAUGUCUGCCCAGGUGCCCCGGGAAUCGACCUCAACUACCAUCAAUGUCCACAUUGUUGAUGAGAACGAUAACGCCCCAGAGUUUCCUGAGGAAGAGUAUGUCACUGUUCUGAGUGAGGGACCUGACACAGUGGGUGCCACCAUUGCCACAGUAACAGCCAUCGACCCAGAUGAGGGUCUGAACGGCACCUUGCGAUAUGCGAUCGCUCAUGGCAACCUGAUCCAGACCUUUCACAUCAACAGCAUCACGGGGAGAAUCACUGCUGUGAAGGAGCUGGACUUCGAGAUCAGCAAUGGACACUACGCACUGGUUGUCACAGCAGCGGACCAGAGUCUUAACCCUGCUCUUCGUUUGACAUCUAGCACAACAGUGCUCGUCAAUGUCCUAGAUGUGAACGAUGUGACACCCACUUUCCCAAGAGCCUAUGAGGGACCCUUCGAGGUCACUGAGGGCCAGCCAGGACCUCGGGUCUGGACACUCAGAGCCAGUGAUGAAGACUCUGGACUCAAUGGAAAAGUGGAGUACAGCAUCACCGGUGGAGACCACCAGAAUGAGUUCAUGGUCUCUCCAGUGGAAGGCGAGCUGCGGGUGAGGAAGGAUGUGGAGCUGGACAGAGAGACCACGGCCUUCUUCAACAUCACUGUCACAGCCCGAGAUCUGGGCACCCCGUCUCGCAACAGCUCGGUGGUGGUGGGGGUCCAGGUCCGUGACAUCAACGACAACGACCCAGUUCUCCUGAACCUGCCUUACAACACCAGUGUGAGCGAGGGCGCCUCCAUACACACCUCUGUGGCCAGAGUCCAAGCACGUGAUGCGGACAGUGGGCUCAAUGCACUGCUCACAUAUAACAUCACCGCUGGCAACUGGGAUGGAGCCUUCUACAUCAAUGACACAACAGGUGUGGUGCAAGUGAACAGACCGCUUGACAGAGAGCGAGUGGCUGAGUAUCAACUCACCAUCACUGUCAAAGACAACCCGGAGAACCCCCGCAUCGCUCGCAGGGAUUCAGACCUGUUAGUGAUCACCAUUCUGGAUGAGAAUGACAACAGGCCCAUAUUCACCAGGACCAGUUACAGGGCUGAAAUCACUGAGAACUCUGAAGCAGACAGUACAGUAACAGUGCUGAAUGGGCCCGUGCUGGCUCAGGAUAAAGACAUCGGACCUAACGCUGUAGUGAAGUAUCGCCUGCUGGGAGCAAGAGUGGACCUCUUCACUGUGGAUGUCAACACUGGGGUGAUUCUUGUGCGUCAGGGGGCCAAGUUGGACCGCGAGGCCUUUCAGGAGCCUCGUGUCGAGCUGUUUCUGGUUGCUGAGGACAUAGGAGGUUUGAACAGCAGCGUCCCUCUGACAGUUACUAUCCUGGAUCAGAACGACAACCCUCCUGUCUUCAGUCCAUCCAGUUUCAGUGUUCGACUCCCUGAGAACAGCCCCACUGGUGUGGUGGUGACUCAGCUGUCCGCCACUGACGCUGACUCCGGCUCUAAUGGCUGGCUCAUGUAUCGCUUGGAAAGUGGUGCUCAGGACCGUUUUGUGGUAGACCCGCUCUCCGGCGCUGUCUUGGUCGGCAACAACACCCUUGACAGAGAGGAGCGUGGUUCCUACCGCCUUGUUGUCAUGGCAACAGAUCGUGGCACACCCCCUAUGUCGGGCACAGCCACCCUGACAGUCAUCUUGGAUGAUGUAAACGACUCACGGCCCCGCUUUAAAGAGCCCUUGACCAUGAUAAGCGUCAAUGAGUCCACACCACCUGGCGUGGUGGUGGCCACGCUGACCGCUGAGGACCAAGAUCUGCAUCCCCGGCUGGAGUAUUACAUCAUCUCAGUGGAGGCAAAGGAUGAUGGGAACAACCCAGUAGAGGGCCUGCAGGAAUCGUUUGGCAUAGAUUUACACACUGGGGCAGUGUUUGUACGCAACCCGAUAAACAGAGAGCAGGUAGCUACAUUUGAGAUCAUUGUGUCUGUACAUGACAAUGCAAGUGAUGUCAUCGACAAGUCAGGGAGCGUUCCUAACGCGAGGCUAACCAUCAACGUGUUGGAUGUAAAUGACAACGCUCCUCGUUUCCGGCCUUUUGGCGUUUCCAACUUCACAGAGAAGAUUUUAGAAGGAGCCCAGCCGGGCACAACACUGCUGUCAGUGUCAGCUGUGGACCCCGAUAAAGGUCCCAACGGCCAGGUCAUCUACCAGCUGCUCCACUUGCCCCGAGGGGGAUACGUUAGACUGGAGGACCCCUCUGUUGGUAAGAUUGUGGCCAAUCAGACGGUGGAUUUCGAGCAGGUACAGUGGCUGAAUUUCACAAUCAGGGCCCGGGACCACGGAACUCCUCCUAGAAUAGCUGAGCUUCCAGUUUAUCUUCGCAUCGUGGACGUCAAUGACAACAACCCUGUCUUUCUACAACCUUCAUAUCAGGAGCCUGUGUUUGAAAACGUGAACCUGGGCACCACAAUAGUUCGUGUCAGUGCUACAGACGCUGAUUCUGGCCUCUUUGCUGUCAUUGAGUACAGCCUGGUAGACGGAGAGGGCAAGUUUGCUAUCAAACCAUCUACUGGAGAGAUCUACAUCCUCUCUCCUCUGGACAGAGAGACAAAGGACCAUUACACUCUGACUGCCGUUGCUCGUGACAACCCCGGUGGCAGCCCCAGCAACAGACGUGAGAACUCUAUCCAGGUCCUGGUGACGGUUCUCGAUGUCAACGAUUAUCGACCACGCUUUACAGAGCGAGUGUUCAGCACCAGCGUGUUUGAGAACGAGCCCAGUGGUACGUCUGUGAUCACCGUGAAAGCUACUGACCUGGAUGAAGGAGAGAAUGGAGCGGUGCUGUACAGCAUGUUGGGAUCACAUUCAGAUGCAUUUUCCCUGGACCCAAACACAGGGCUGGUGCGUUCUCGCCGUCUGCUUCAGUCGUCUGAAAGUUUCAACCUGACUGUGGUGGCCACCGACCAGGGCCGUCCUCCCCUGUGGGGCACUGCAGACCUGAUCAUCACAGUCAUAGACGUCAAUGACAACAGACCUGUGUUUGUCAGGCCAGCUAAUGGAACCAUCAUCCAUAUCUCAGAGGAGCAGCCUCCCGGUCUACCUGUGUAUGAGGUGCACGCGACAGACUCUGACGAGGGCGUGAAUGGAGAGGUCCGCUACGCCUUCCUGCAGACUGGAGCCGGCAACAGAGACUGGGAAAACUUCCACAUCGAUCCCAUAUCUGGAGUCAUCGCGACGACUGUGAAACUGGACCGUGAAAAACAGGCCCUCCAUAGUCUUAUCAUUGUUGCCCGUGACAUGGGCCAGCCAGUGCCUUAUGAGACCACACAGCCUCUGCAGGUGGCGCUGUUGGACAUUGAUGACAAUGAACCCGUCUUCCUCAAACCACCGCGUGGCAGCUUGCCUUACCAGUUGUUGACCGUGCCGGAGCACUCCCCCCCAGGGACUGUGGUGGGGAACAUAACCAGAGCUGUGGAUGCUGAUGAGGGCUCCAAUGCCAUCGUCUACUACUUCAUUGCAGGGGGAAACAGUGAUGGAAUCUUCGGCUUGAGUCUUGACGGAGAGUUGAAGUUACACAAGGAUCUGGACCGGGAGGAGAUACCGGUCUACUCCAUCAUCAUCAAGGCCUCCAGCAACAGGAGCUGGACGCCUCCCAGGGGUCAGAGGGCAGCACGGGCCAAAGCGCUGAACCCUGCCCGUGACCCCAGCCUGCUGGAAGUCCGCAUUCAACUGGAAGACAUCAACGACCAGAAACCACGCUUCACUAAGGCGGAGUACACUGCAGGAGUUGCAGCAAACGCCAAAGUGGGUUCAGAGUUGAUCAAGGUUGUUGCUAUAGAUAAUGACAUAGGCAACAACAGCUUGGUCCAAUACCACAUCGUUACCAUCCGUUACUUCCAGUCACAGAGCAAUGGAAGUGAGGACAGUGGCAGCAUCUUCACCAUCGGUUUGACAGAUGGUAUCAUCAGAACCUACGACCUCUUCACCGCCUACAAUCCAGGCUACUUCCAGCUGGAGAUUUUGGCGUGCGAUUUUGCUGGACACAGCACAACGACCAACGUGAACAUCUAUAUUCUCCGUGAUGACCAGAGGGUCAAGAUAGUCUUCAACGAGAUCCCUGAUUUGGUGCGAGAAAACCAGGAGGACUUCGUCAACUUGCUGUCCAACAUCACUGGAGCUACUGUCAACUUAGAUGACAUACAGUUCCAUGUGGACAAGAAAGGCAGAGUGAAUUAUGCACAGACUGACAUGCUGAUCCAUGUCGUCAACAAUCAGACCAACACCAUCCUGGAUGUCGAGAGGGUGAUCCAGAUGAUCGAUGAGAACAAGGAGCAGCUGAGAAACCUGUUCAGGACGUACAACGUUGUGGACGUUCAGCCGGCUGUCAGUGACAAACUGCCUGACGACAUCUCCACGCUACAGCUGGUCAUCAUCAUCCUGGCUGUGCUGCUGUGCUUGGCAGGAAUUCUGUUUGUCACAAUGAACUGGCAUUAUCGUAGAGUACACCAGAGGAAGCUCAAAGCCAUCGUUUCCGGAUCAACUGGGAACCAGGGUCUAAUGGAUAUCCUGGACAUGCCUAACACUAACAAGUACUCUUUUGAGGGGGCGAAUCCCGUGUGGCUGGACCCAUUCUGUCGUAACCUGGAGCUGGCUGCCCAGGCUGACCACGAGGAUGACCUGCCUGAGAACCUGAGUGAGAUCACAGACCUGUGGAACAGCCCUGCUCGCACUCAUGGUACAUUUGGUCGAGAGCCUCAAGCGAAGCCAGAGGACGAUCGUUACCUGAGAGCAGCCAUCCAGGAGUACGACAACAUUGCUAAACUAGGCCAGAUCAUGAGGGAGGGGCCUAUCAAGGGGUCCCUGCUGAAGGUGGUCCUGGAUGACUACCUGAGGCUGAAAAAGCUCUUUGCAGCUCGACUCGUCACUGUAUCCACCAGCCAGGGAGAUCACUCAUCAGUCACUGAGCUGAUCCAGAGCGACCUCGAUGACGAUGAGGACGAGCGUCUGGGCAUGGGCGGAGGGCGUGGCACUCUGCGCUUCAAGCACAAGCUUCCUGUUGAGUUGAAGGGUCCAGAAGGUGUGCACGUGGUCCACGGCAGCACAGGUACCCUCCUGACCUCUGACCUUAACAGCUUGCCAGAGGACGACCAGCGGGCCCUGGCGCGCUCCCUGGAGGCGCUGAAUGCAGACGGAGGGCUUUAUUGUGAGCGCAAUGCCCGCACAGAGUCUGCGAAGUCCACCCCGAUGCACCGUCACAAGGACGGAGACACCCUGUCAGAGAGUCCCUUGGAGAUCACAGAGUUAUGACUAGCCGAGGCCUCGCUGGUCUGAGUGCGAUCAUCACUCGUGUGUGUCCUUGUGCCUCUGCGUCGCCACCCUGCCGAGGUAAGGGAGGACCGGAGGAGGAGUGUGUGUAGUCUAGGGAACCUCAUCGGCCAACCGCAGUGCAUCGGUGAGACCAGAGGAUUGAGUCCGGUUUGGUUUAUCUUAUGUUGAAGAUGGUCCCACUUCUGAUGUUUCAAGAGAAGGCUCAUUCAAAAGACCUGUAGGAAACAUCAAAUCAAGCAGGACACUGUUCUUCAGCGAGACAAAAUCAACUGUUGUCAUUGACUUUCAUCCAAAGAGCCAAGUGGAAAAGAAAGAUGAACCCUCCCUGUGGGAGCAGCUUGUUGAUGUAUGACCUCUAAAUCAACUGAAGGUGCCUCAUUCCCACUUCUCCUUUUGAAGUCACCUGGACUGCAGACACUCAUACCUACACAAACACACACACAGACCAGCAGAUGGCCAUGCAACACUGAGCUAAUGACACAAUUCCUGAUCAUGUUCUAAUGUUUUUUCUAAUUUAAGAAUAUAAAAAAUGAGUGCAGAAGGAGUGAGCCUGGAACAAAGACUUCUCUCUUUCAGGUAAUUGAUACUUUCUGUCGCUAAGAGUUAUCAAUGGCCAUUUAAUGCAGACAAGAGCACUUUGAAUAUUCCCUCCGGUGAAGCUUCAGAGUGGAUUUUCACCAGGAGAAAGAUGGAAAGGAACCUGACCACUGUAAAAUGGUGACAGAGCAGUAGUGAACAUUCACACCGUGAUCCUACUCUCACUUUAUAGCAUGGACUGAAUCAGCUACGCACACGAAGACUCCUGAGAUGAUCAGCGAAGGUGGAUGAACAUCAUUUCACGGGAGAAAAGAGGAAAAAACUGUCGUUUAUGAUUAAUUUGAUAUUGAAGGCUGAACAUAUUGAUGGAAUUUAAAUAAAUAUGAAUUAUCCCAUUUUUAUAGACAUUAUUAAGAUGGCAUUGUGCCCACAGAGACUUCACACUGCCAACUGAGGGAGUAAGAGUCAACGUUUGCUUUAUUUUUUUAUUUUCUAGAAAAUGCGAUGGAAUCAAAAGAUAUUUUUGAAGAUAAAUGCUGGCUUACCAAAUUAGGUAAAAAGAAUAACUCUGAAUGUUUGGAGUACGUGUAUAUUGUGCUAUGGUGACAUGUAUGUUCUAUUUUCCUUUAUAUGACAAUUGACAGUUUCUGACGAGUGGUGUUUUUUAAAUUUCUUUUUUUUUUUAUAUUCUCAUUUUGUAAGUUUUUAUUUCUUUGUCGUUAUUGUCACCAGCCCUGAGAUCUG